AUGGCCGGUGCGAGUGGUCUUCUUCCUUCCCGCCUGCCAUUCUUCACUCUGACCGGCGCCCUCGAAGCCCUUCCAGAAGCUUUCCCGGUCCAGCAAGAGGCUCGGCCGCCUCAGCACGACCCAUUGCAUUGGCGGCCGCUUGAUUUCCCUCCCCCAGCUGUGCCUAGGCUGUCGGAUGGCCCCGGCUCAAGGCUGGAAUGGCGCGAUGCAUCAAAACAGCACGAUCCAUCCAACCUGUCUACGUGCCAGCCAGUUCCACGAUGCCCACACAUCUGUUUCUUUUUCUUUCCCUUUCAUCGACUGCCCAUCGCGGCAAUGAGUGUAUGUGUGUGUGUGUGUGUGCCGAGUCUAGCCUCCAAGUACCGUUACCGUACAAGUAACCAGGCCGGACCGGAGCCAUCGUUGCGUGCAUCUGACACGGGCCAGCGACAUGGACUUGCACGCCUGGGCGCUGCGUCGUCAUGUCCCACACACACUCAAAGUCUCCCCCCGCCCGCCGCCGUCCCAGCAAGGAAGCCUUCUGGAAGCCUUGGGAGGGCAAAGUGGCCAACGACACCCGGUCACGCCGGUCGGCGAUGGCGGCGGGCGGAGCGGCGGGCGGCCUUUUUCUUUUUUUCCCUUUUUCUUCUUGGGCUCGAGACAGCGGUCGUCGUUCACGUCCCCUCGUCGACACUGGACUGGACUGGACUGGACUGGGUUGCCGUGCGCGGGCAGAUCGCACGACUCGCCAAAAGACACUGUGGGCCUGUGGCCUGGGUGCACACUCACUCAGAACCUUGUUCGGUCGGUCCGCUUGCAGCCGCUGAUCUUUCUUCUUCUCCACGACUGCCUGACUGA